AUGGUGAAGGGGGAUAGAAGAGAGGACGUGUUUGAUGAGAAUGAGUCUUCCCAUCGGGUUGAGGACCUUGGAGUACCAAGCACUGAGAAGCUUAUCAAAAUGGUUGAUGAUAGGUUGGCAGUCUUCCUUAUGAAGUUUGCCUUUGGUGAUGAUACCUCCAAGAUAUGUAAAAGGGAGCUUACCCUCGUGCAUGUUAAGGGCUUGUUUUGCUAUUUCUCGAUGGGAAAGAGAUGCCUUGGAGCCCAUAAAGAAUCUAGACUUAUUCCAGUUUAUGUCUUGGUUAGAGACUGCGAUAUAUUCUUUCAGGAUAGACAUAAAGCGCAGGAGGUUGCGAGGUUUGGCAUUAAGGAAAACCACCAAGUCAUCUGCAUAGCUGAGAUGGGUAAUAAUAGGGCCUCUCCCGUGGUUAAAAGGCUUGAUGUAAUGUGUUAGACAAAAGUGCAACACUAGAGGGGGGGUGAAUAGAGUUGUUUUCAAGAAUGUACGUUUUUCGUAAAAAUUAUCGUAGGAAAAAAGUAAGGAGAGUAAGGGAAAGAAGAACACCGGGAUUUAUACUGGUUCACCACCUCGUGGCUAGUCCAGUCCUCCGAGAGACUCUCUCGAAAGUCCUACUAAUCUUCAAGCUUCAAUGGGUGCUUGAAAAACCGGUACAACUUGAGAACUUGAAUCACACAAGCCUCACUUUCUUACAACAACAAGACUUGAGUCACACAAGUCUUAAGAACAACACUCAAACGAGAUUGAGUUUACAACACAAGAAUGAAAGCUCACACAAUUG